ACACGCCAUGGCUGGUCACCUAUGGGUCUGGAUUGGAAUUGCACUUGUUGUUUUGUCGUGGUGGUACAGCAGGAAUAGAAACAUCUCAUCCAUAGAGGAGAGAACGAUAGAAGGAUGGCGUCGACAAAUAGGAGAGCCGAAGUUGACUCCACUUUACAGAAAAGUUGCUGUAGGGCUUAAUUCAAACAUAGAUUUAAUAGUGUCUGGAACGGCGUUAUUGAAGAGUCUCAAUGCUAGCGGCUCUCGCCAGGUGGAACACGACGUGCUGGAAAGUGUUCAGGAUUUGCAGGAAAUGUUUGAGCACCGCAUGGCAAGGUGUGCUGCUGCCGAGCGAGUCUUUGCUCACCAGGAAGGCUAUCUGGAGAUUGUCGACCAUGCGCAUCGUCUAGAGAAUAAACAGUAUUUCGUUGGAGGAAAUGCAGCUCUUGUUGGAUUAAAAAUGGCUUCUACUUUUUCAGAUACCAAGAUUCUUUUGGGCGGGCCGGUAGGUGAUCAACUAGAACGUCUUCUUUUGCCAAAUAUGGAAGUGCCAGAUGGAUGUAGACAGAAGAAUGAUGAAGUUCAUUUAAUAUUGGAAUAUAAGUCUGGAGAGACAUGGGGCUCAACUACAGCUUCUUGUUCAAAUCGCUUUAUUUUUUCUUACGAUAUUGGGAAUUCCAACCUCUUGGCAAUGGAGAGCUUCUUUACAAGUCUGGAAUCAUUUAAGCCGGACCUUGUUGUUCUGUCUGGACUACAUUUGUUAGAGAAGUUGGAUGAGUCUGUGUGGAAAGCCAAAAUUAAGGAGUUAACAAAGCAUUUGUCUGAAAUUUCUGUGGCAGUUCCUAUUCAUCUUGAGUUGGCAAGUACUGCCAGUCUAGAUUUGCUGUUGGCUUUGUCACGGGAUGUCUUUCCAAGAGUCACUUCUGUUGGACUCAAUGACCAGGAAUUAAUGUCUGUUUCAAAGGCUGACAAUGGCCCACAUUCUAUGAGUGAGUCUGUAUCGGGCCAUCAUCAGAUUGGACUGAUUGCUGAUCAACUGCAGUGGAUGCUUGAAUCGUUUGGUGUUGCGAGUAGUGCAUAUCCAAAGUCAAAGCUGAGUCGAGUUCACUUUCAUUCAUUUAUAUUUCAUCUAAUUGCAGUCAUACACGGGAAAUGGCAAAACAGUAUCACGGCUGUUGGCGCUGCUGCCCGAAUGGCUGCUAUUCAGGCAUGUGACAGCAAAAUAAUUAAUGCAAAUUCUGUUGAACUCAAGAUGUCUAGGACCUUUCUGAGGUCUGUCGAGGAUCCACAAUUGAGAGCAGACCCUAUAGAAUUUGAUCCUUCUGUUCCCAUCAGUCACUGGUCAAGAAGACAUGUGGACCUGUUUAUGAGCCCUGUUCUUAUUUGCAAACAUCCUACGAAAACUGUUGGAUUAGGAGAUGCUAUUUCUGCAACUGGAUUGCAAAACUCAUUGAUGAUUUCUUAGUUGUGCUGAUUGCCAUUCAGUGAUUGACGUUUAGCGAGAUAGUUUGGCUUUGUUAAAAACUCAAGAAUAAGGCUACCUGGUUCCAGCACGUUAAGUAACUUUAAUUAAAUGAGCGUUUUCAAACAUUCUCAAAUUUCUAUAUAACAUACUCAUAUGUACAUUCAUUUUUUCUAAUGCCAAGUUGUUAGCAAGCAAUUUAAUGUUGCUGCAUACUUGUUAUUUACCAGAACCCUUUAAUUCUAUUCACCGAAGCUCA